AAAGAAAAUAAUGUGUGCGUAGCACGUUUUAUAUGUCGUGAGUGUAAUGAAAGAUUUUCCGACAGACAGGAUUUGGUUAAACAUAAUCGAGAAAAACAUUUUUAUUGUGAUCUUUGUGAUAAAAGUUUUGGUUAUAAAGACAGUAUGGAGAAACAUACGCAACUUCAUAGCGAAGGGAAAAAUUUUGUUUGUCAGAUUUGUUGUAAAGCAUUUGUCUGUGAAAGAUAUCUCGAUAAACAUAAAGAAACUCAUACUGACCGGAAAAAACGUUAUUCAUGCGACAUUUGUGACAAAACUUUUGUCCAAAAACACAGUUUAGAUGAUCACAAACAAGUUCAUACCGGUGAAAAGCCAUAUUCUUGUAAUGUUUGUGAUAAAGUAUUUGCGUUACGACAAUAUCUAAAACUCCAUGAAAAGACUCAUACUGGGGAAAAAAGUUAUUCAUGUGGCGUUUGUGGUAAAGCUUUUCUCCAAAAACCUAGCUUAAUUAGACACGAACGAGUUCAUACCGGAGAAAAGCCAUAUUCUUGUGAGGUUUGUGAGAGAAAAUUUUCUGAUAAAGGUGAUUUAACUAAACAUAAAAUAAUUCAUACUGGAGAAAAGCCUUUUUCAUGCGAUAUUUGUGAUCGAAAAUUUUCAAGAAAAGGUUUAUUAAAUGAUCAUAAACGAAAUGUGCAUUCGACAGAGAAACCUUUCGCAUGUAAUUUAUGCGAUAAAAAAUUUUCAAGAAAGGGUUUAUUAAGUUUUCAUAAACGAAUGCAUACAGAAGGGAAAAGAUUUGAAUGUGAUGCUUGUGAUAAAAAAUUCAAAUAUAAAAGUAAUUUAGGUCAUCAUCAUAAACUUUACCAUAGCGGAAAAUAUUUUUCGUGUGAUGUUUGUAACAAACCAUUUUUAACUGAAGACUCUUUAAAUCGCCAUAAUCGAAAAUACCAUUCUAAGAAAAUUCCAAAAAUAUUUGCAUGUGAUGUAUGUGAUAAGAAAUUUCAAAAUUCAUCGGAUUUUACUUAUCACAAACGAACUCAUACAGGAGAGAGGCCAUUUGAAUGUGAUCUCUGUGAUAAAAAAUUUAUAGUGAAUUCUCAUUUAAUUCGUCAUAAACGUUUGCAUAGUGGAGAAAAACGUUUUGAGUGUGAUGUUUGUAAUAAAACGUUUUUUUUCAGUUUUAAUUUAGUUUCACAUAAACGAGUUCAUUUAAAAAAACGAGUAAAACCUUUUAAGUGUGAUGUUUGUAAGAUGAAAUUCACCGAUAAAAGUACGUUAAAGAGACACAAACUAAUUCAUACAGGAGAGAAACGUUUUUCCUGCAAUGUUUGUAAUUUUAAAUUUUUACGGUCGGAUACUUUAAAACAACAUCAACUAACAAAAAAUCAUUGUAAUUUAUAAUAAAUGACGAAAGUUAUACUUGAAAUUAAAUUUUAUACUUAAAGUUAUAGGGCGUUAUAUACAGGGCGUUCUGUUAUUAACUGCAUAUCGUUGGCCUACA